UAUUUCUAGAAUAAGCAAUGGAACGCUAAAGCAAUGGAAAAAGACAUGAUGUGCCGGAGAUAACAAAUGAUUUCUAAUUUUGUCAGUUUGAAAAUUGAUCUGUAGAAGCUUACAUUACUUAGUUACGAACGCAACCUGAAUCACAAGCGACUGCACAAAACGAAAGAGCAAUAUCCUUGGUGGUUAUUAUGAAAUCGCCACCAGCUCUGCUUCCUGAUUCACCUUCCUACAAACUUGCUCUUGUUACCACUUCAAUAGUUGGAUUCUCAUUUUUCUACUUGCAACCUAAGCUGUUGAAAAGGAUCUUCGACCCAGCGUUAUGCUGGAUCAGGACCAAAAUCUUGUUAAAACCUUCUAAGAUAAUUAUUGCGGAAACUCAAAAGGAUUGUUCUUCUAUUGUAAAAAUAAUUAAAAGAGAGUGCAAAGAACUUCGCUAUGUAGGAUUCGACUGUGAGUGGGUUCCAAACUUUGUAAAGGGCAGAAAAGGAAAUCCUGUCGCACUGCUUCAGCUGGCCACUCCGAAAGGAACGUGUGCACUCAUACGACUAAGCAAAAUUGGAUUUGUUCCUAAAGAUUUGAAGAUUGUCCUGAAGGAUUCAACGCUGCUUAAAGUUGGCGUUGCGUCGCACAGUGACGCAGUACUUAUGCAUCAAGACCACAAUACUGAUGUCAAAGGCUGCAUAGACCUGAGAGUGUUAUGUGAGUCAGAAAACGGACUGGCCAAGUUGGCUCAUAGUGUGUUGGGAGUUAACCUGGAAAAGAAUUCGCGCAUAUCGUGUUCAAAUUGGGCAGCAAAAAGGUUGUCUGAGAAUCAAACUCGUUAUGCUGCGCUAGACGCUUUAGUUGCCGUAUUGAUAUUUUCUAAAGUAACUGGAUUGUAUUGCGAAAGAGUAUUUCAACUGAAAAGGACUAGCAAAUCGUGGAGCGACGUCUCAUCUGAAUGCAGUUCAUUAGUGGAUGCUGUGCCUAAACGUCGUGGUAAUAUAAAGACGUCUGUAAAAAAGGAUAUCCACAGGCACACCACAAUAAUUCAUCGAAAGCUUAGCACAAGGGCCAUGCCUGCUGCAAAAUACCCGGUGUAUGACAACUGCAUGCUGCUGGCUCCUGAUGGGGAAAUUUUGGCAGCCUGUCAGAGAAGCAAAGCUGAGUGGUAUGUCAGCAGUGGGUUGGCAGAAGUUGUUGAAAAUGUUGACAACCAAGCAACAUUGACUGUGAGACUACUUUUUGAACCCAAGGUUCGAAGUGGAAAGGAUGGAAGGAAUUACUACGCGACCCUGAAACGAAACAUUUGCGUUGUUUGUGGAUCCGACAAGCAAGAUAGCCUAGUUAAAAGGUGUAUUGUGCCUAGAGAAUACAAAAUUCAUUUCCCUGACAGGGAUAAAGACCACAAGUCGCACGACGUAUUAGUUCUCUGUGUGCAUUGCAAUGUCGUGUUAGACUCUAAGCAAUCAAAUUUGAGGAAAAGUUUAGCUGAAAUGUGCAACGCACCUAUUGUUUCAAAGGGAUACUCGCCAUUCAUUGAUGAUCCAAAACUGAAUAAGGUUCGUUCAGCUGGCCGAGCGCUAUCCAAACCUGCAGAUCAUGUUGCAAAAAUUCCUCAACCAAAGAUAUUAGAGUUGAGGGGAAUCAUCGCCGAACACUUUCAAAUACUAGAAACAGAGCUCACUGACCAGCACAUCCUUGAAGCAAGGAAUAUUAACUCAAGCCUGAUUAAUGGUGAUUACAAGUCACAUGGCAGUCAAGUUGUCAAAUACUUUGAAGAACGUGAAGCAAAAGAUGGAGGACUUUUUAAAUUGGAAAAGGUGUGGAGAUCGCAUUUUCUGCAACAAAUGAAACCUCAAUUCAUGCCUGAGCUUUGGUCAAUUGAUCAUCAGCAGUAAAUAAUGAUUGAUGUACACCCGGCUUAUAGAUUGCUUUUUUAAUCGUUGUUGCUCUAAUUUUAAAAUCAUUAUCUUAUCUGCAUCUUGCUCCUGAAAUCAUAUCGAUUAGGAAUAAUGUCAUAUAUAAUUUGGAAAUUUCUGAGACCCUUAAAGAGAAUACGAUUCCCAAUAACUGUUUGCUGUGGUUACAAGGGUGGUGGCCACUAUCGGCUUUAGCAGCGUUUUCCCCUUUUAUGUAUUAAAUUCAAGAGAAUCUGGAGCAGCAGUAUUAAUUUUUUAGCGCAUGAAACCUCGUGAGUUUUUUUAUAAGAUAAGUUUUUCUAUUAAACCAGCUGUACCUGACUCGCCAAUGGGACAAUUUUUUACUAUAGAACCAAAGAGUUAAAUAAAAGAACAGUUGCAGUUAUUUUAAAAA